AUGGGCCUCUUCAGAUCGGACGACCCUCAGCAUCCCGAGCCCAGAGUCACUCUUCAGCUUGAUGCAAGCUGUAAAACUCCUUUCCACCCUGGAUCCAAUGUGUUUGGCCAAGUCUUCUUCGACAGUCCGGCCGAACGCCGGAUUCGAAACGUCGAAGUCAUCAUUCAAGGCACCACCACUACGAAAUACGUGAUCGUCGUCAGUAGAGGCGAAUAUCGACGUCUCAAGAUUCACUACCAUGACGAGGCUACUCUACGCACGAUCAACAAAGUCAUUGCGCAAGGGCUGACCACAGAGCCGGAACAUCGAUAUACCUGGGACUUCUCUCUCGCAUUUACCCAUGGAACAGCAGGGUUGCUGCACCCGAACCCAGCCAAGUCGCCGUAUAAAGCGCCUUCGGGACACAAGGAGUUCUACGCAUCUUCGCCUUACCAGCUGCCACCAUCUUUCCUCCACAUGAAGAGCGACGAGCACAUGGGCCAGGUGCAAUACACGUUGACAGUCCAAGUAAACUUCGAGGACCAGAAGAAGCCUUACAGCCCGCCUUUGAAGAUUCUGACGUACGUCCCGUCCGAGGAGCCCUUUGAUCAGAGACUGGCAGAAAGCGUCUUUCACAUUAACUCCUACUCGAGCAGUCGGCUGGCAGGGAGUAGCACAAAGUCUGGUCUUGCAAGAUUCAAGGAUAAGCUGGCGUCAAGUUCACCGACCGUGAAGCUGAGCCUCAAAUCAACUCUACCGUCCAGUAUCGUCCGAGGAGCGGCGUUCCCGAUUGAAGCGAGACUGGAAGUCAACCCGCUGUCCGAUCCAUCAGUACUCAGUAUACCAAAUGUUCGCAUCGGGAUAUCCUCGAUUGAACUGGUCCCGCUUGUGAUAUAUCGCAUCCUCAGAGACAGAGAGUCUGCGAAUAUGCUGCCCCUGGAGUCUGUGCAAUGCCCUCCGGAGCAAGAACUGGUCGAAGAAGGCCAAGCUGUAAGCCUCAACGCUGUUCCCCAGGAGGUCUUUGUGGAGCAGCAACGGGACGACAAGAGCGAAGCAUUGGGGUUCCCUGGUUCGUUUGGGGGAAGGCUCCCAAAUCACAUCUCUCCCAGCUUUGCAACGACGAAUAUCGUCUUGUGGUGGAAGCUGAGGGUCAAAUUGGUGGCGAAUGUUGGUGGCAAGGAAUUCGACGACACUGCUGAGACCAGGGUCAUGGUUAUAUCUGAUGUAAAGUCUUGA